CACAACUUGAAACUUGAAAGUCACUGAGAAAAAUGAAGCUAGUUUGGUCACCUGAGACAGCAUCCAAGGCUUAUAUUGAUACUGUUAAACUUUGUGAACUUUAUCAUGAUUCUGGUGUAGCAGAGCUUGUUUCAGCCAUGGCAGCAGGCUGGAACCUGAGAUUCAUUGUGGAGACGUGGUCACACGGUGGAGCUACCGCAACGAGCAUUGGCCUGGUGGUUGCUAGCAGCCAUACGGAUGGAGGACAUGUAUGUAUAGUCCCUGAUGAAAGAUCGAGGCUAGAAUACAUUCGGAACCUGGAAGUGGCCGGCAUGUCACCGGAAGUAACUGUUGGACAACCGGAGGCUUUAAUGAGAUGAUUAAACGGAAUAGAUUUCAUGGUGGUGGAUAGCCAGCGAGACGACUUUUCCAGGGUAUUUCAGCUAGGAAAACUGAGCAACAAUGGAGCAGUUAUGGUAUGCAAGAAUGCUAAUUCCAGUAGAGAUUUGAAUUUCAGUUGGAGAAGUGUCACAGAUGAUGGAUCAUGUCGGUUCAUAUAUUCCUUGUUUCUUCCCGUAGGGGAAGGAUUGGAUAUCGCUGUAGCAGCCAGUGGUGGAAAUUCCAGUAAAAGGCGGUGGAUCAGGCAUAUUGAUUAACAAUCGGGGGCAUAUUGAUCAACAAUCGGGGGAAGAAUAUGCAA